AUUAUCCGCCCGCGCCCCGCGCCUCGGCCGACGGCAACGCAUUUUCCAGCGUUUCGAAAGCGCCAGCCGUGAAUUCGUCAUCUCCAACUCGUCUGAGAAACACGUUGACGAGGCUUUUUCCGUCCGAUCUUCGGUGUGGUGCGUGCAGCUUCCUGAGGAUGCUUUGAUUCUGUGUUUCUUGGUGCGUGUAACUCGAGUGCGAACGAAAGAAAAGUGCUGUGUUGUGCCGUCAGGAUAAGGACUCUUGUUCACCCUGUGUUGCCGCAACUUGAAAAAUUAUUCUCACUCACGUGAUUUUCCGCUGUUUACCGUCCGUUCUAAGGUCAACCGGCGAGGGGCAAAAAAGCGAGAUGGAGCCCACGAUCCCGGAAUUUUUUCGGGACAAACAUGUGCUGAUCACAGGCGGCACCGGAUUCAUGGGCAAAGUGCUCAUCGAGAAAUUGGUCCGAUCCUGCGGCUCCGUCGCUAAAAUCUACUUGCUGGUCCGCCAGAAGAAAGACAAGAACGCUGCCGACCGAAUCAAAGAGCUAACAGAACAACCGGUGUUUGAAAGGGUGCUGCGGGAACAGCCAGGCGCUUUUGAGCGGAUUGUGGCACCCGUCAACGGGGACGUGACGCAGGAGAAACUGGGGCUUUCGGCAGAAGAUGAGGAUCUGUUGAUAAAAAAUGUCUCCAUCAUAUUCCACGUCGCGGCCAGCGUUCGCUUCGACGACCCCAUCCCCGAUGCAGUCCGCAUGAACACCCGCGGAACCAGAGAAGUCAUCAACCUUGCCAAAAAGAUGCCUAAUCUAAAGGCUUUGUUGCACGUAUCGACGACAUACUGUAACUGCAUGAGGAUGGAGGUUGAAGAGAAAGUAUAUCCAAUGCAGGUGGACUGGAGAGAGGCAAUCGAUGUCGCAGAAAAAGUAGAUCGUGCCACUUUGAACAUUCUCUCGGAAAAAUAUCUCGGAAAGUUUCCAAACACAUAUACGUUCACAAAGAAUCUUGCUGAGCAAAUCAUGUUAGAGCACAAAGACGAGUUGCCAGUCAUAGUAUUUAGACCCUCAAUCGUAAUUUCAACAUUGAAAGAGCCUAUUCCCGGGUGGAUCGACAAUUUCAACGGACCGACAGGACUGCUCGUCGGUGUCGGGAAGGGUGUGAUUCGGACGACGAUGGCCGAUAAAUCCGCGGUGCCAGACUACAUGCCAGUUGACGUGUCGGUGAAGGCCAUGAUAGUCGCGGCUUGGCUCACCGGAGUUCGGAAGGACAAGGAAAAAGGGAUCCUACCAGUUUACAACAGUUCUUCAAGGUAUUUAUCAAUAUCCACUAGAGAACUGAACGACAUGGGCAUGGAAGCGUUGAUGAAGUAUCCUUUCCCGAAAGUCCUUUGGUACCCAAGCUGUGUGACUACGAAGAAUCAUACCUGUUUCUAUGUUAAUCACAUCUUGCAGCAUUUGAUACCGGCACUAUUACUCGAUAAUCUCUUGAAACUGACGAACAGGCAACCCUUAUUGGUCAAACUGUACAGGAGGUAUUAUCUGGCGAUGAUGGCUUUAUGUUACUUUACAACUAAAUCGUGGACAUUCUACAAUAACAAGUUCCUUGCCCUGUGCGAUGAAAUUCACUCCACGGACCGUGAGGAUUUCGACUUCAACUUUCAGAAUGUGGCUCCGAAAACCUUUUUCGAAAACAUUAUCCAGGGUGGAUACAUUUAUCUACUGAAAAAUGAUCUCUCAUUACUACCGGAAGCAAGGAUAAACAUUCGAAGGAUGUACCUGCUGGACAGAGUGGUGAAAGGAAUCUGCACCGGCGUGUUUCUGUGGUACCUGUGUUCCAAAUCUUCUCUUCACAUGUUCCAAAACGUCCUGUAUAGAAUUUUGUCCGUGCUAGUGCCACUGAGUUUUUGAUUAAACUUAUAAAAACAUA